AUGCCUCCAAAAUUUUAUGGUCUGCCCAAGAUUCAUAAAGUAAAUAUCCCAUUGAGACCAAUCGUCAGUAGUAUUGACUCGAUCACUUACAGUUCAGCAAAGUUUUUGGCUGAAAUUCUCUCACCUUUAGUUGGAAAUUCAAUUCAUCAUGUGGUCAAUUCUUUAGAAUUUUCAAAACUAAUGAAAAACAAGAGAGUUGAAGAGGAUGAAGAGUUAAGAUCGUAUGAUGUUACAGCACUCUUUACGUCAGUUCCAGUGGAUAAAUCGUUGGAAAUCAUUCACACCAGACUGCAAAACGAUCCUACUCUUAAUAAUAGGACCACCGUUACACCACAACAGAUUAUUAAGCUCUUGAAAGUAUGCCUGAGGUGCACGUAUUUCGUAUACAAUGGCACGUUUUACCAGCAAAUUCGUGGAGCGGCUAUGGGCUCACCGGUAUCCCCCAUCGUAUGCAACCUUUACAUGGAAAAUAUGGAACAACUGGCUAUUAAGACUGCCCUUCAUCCCCCAAUUUGGUGGUACAGAUAUGUGGAUGACACACAUACUAAACUGAAGAAAGCUCAUGCUCAAGAAUUUACUGAUCAUUUGAAUUCAUUGGACCCGGAUAUUAAAUUCACAACAGAGGGCGAGGUAAACCGUUCGCUGGCUUUUCUUGAUACGCUUACAGUAAUACAAAAUGGUGGUAGUAUUAAUAUCAAAAUCUACAGGAAACCGACACACACUGAUCAAUACCUUAACUUUAACUCUAAUCACCCUCUUCAACAUAAAUUAGGGGUCAUCAAUACACUUUAUUAUAGAGCCAACUCACUCGUCACGAAGGAGGAAGACAAAAUUCAUGAAUGCUUACACAUCGAUCAAGCUCUGAACCGAUGUGGUUAUCCAAACUGGGCUAUCAAUCGAGCAACUAGGAGACAUAAGGGCAAGGUUGACUACCAAAGGCAUAAGACAACAAAUAAAGGAUUGGCCGUUAUCCCAUAUAUAAAGGGAGUCUCUGAAACCCUCAAGCGAACCUUCGAAACAUUCGACAUCACAACAUGCUUUAAACCCACAUGCACUUUAAGACAGUUGUUAGUAUCACCAAAGGACAAGAGCCAAAAGAAAGACAUCACAGGUGCCAUCUACCACAUCCCAUGCCAAGGCAAAACUACUUCUGGCAAAUGUAAGGAUUCUUACAUUGGGGAAUCAGAAAGAACUCUGAAAACACGUUUCUUGGAACAUCAAUAA